AUGUUGACGAGCAAUCCGCUUGCUUCCCGCUGUGCCCACAUCCUCGGCCUGAUUGUGCCGCCGCAGCCGGUACGCCCUGUCCGUCCCGUCGUCAGCGAUGAAUUUCUGUAUCGCGAGGAGUUGGACUUUUCUUCCUGGGCCACGGACCCCACUGAUGUUUUCAACUCAUUGGUCUGGACUGAUUUCGGCCAAGGCAUGUAA